AUGUUUAAGACAUUAGUCCUCAUCACAGGAGCCAAUCAAGGCCUUGGCUAUUCCACGGCAGAGCAACUAGUCAAGACAGGCAAAUACCACAUCCUGGUUGGAGCGCGAACCAAAUCAAAAGCAGAAUCAGCGAUCCAACAACUGGCAUCCGAUUCCACGAUAGACAGUUCGGCAUUGACCCCUUUAGUCAUCGAUGCUAAUGAUGAUGCUUCCAUUAUGGCAGCGGCAAAGUCGGUCUCGGAUCAGUUCGGCAGCCUUGACAUCUUAAUCAACAAUGCAGCCAUCUGUAACGCCACAGAUCCCAGCCUCAGCCUGCGCGACAGCUUCCGCGCCGUCUUCGAGACUAAUGUCUUUGGCGUCGCUGUUAUCAUUGAUACCUUUCUGCCCCUCCUGAGGGCUUCCAAGUACCAUGACCGCCGUAUUGUCAAUGUGACCACUGGCAUGGCUCAGAUGGGUGUCGCUUACUCUCCGACAUCUGAGUACGGUGCACGUCAUGCGCGUCUUCCUGAGUAUCGCAGUAGUAAGGCGGCUCUGAACAUGCUGACGGCAGUCGAGGGUGUGACACUCGAGAAAGAGAAUAUUCUGGUCGUCUCCACGUCCCCGGGUUAUUGUCGGACGAAUUUCACGGGCGGUUAUGGUGUCAAGGAUGCAAGUCAGGGCGCUAUGAAUAUCAUUCGUGCCGCUACCGAGGGGGAUCCGAAGACGUUGCUGGGUACAAUUGUCGCCGAGGAAUGUCGCGUAGAGGAUAUUGGCUGGUAG